GUAAACAAAAUAUGUCAUAGGUCAAGUGACGUCUAAACGUCAGCCCAAUAAUUAAUGUUUAAUUGGUAAAUAAAGAGGCUAAUAGGAUGAGAACAAUAAAGUGAAAAUAUGUAGUGAUAAUUGCGGGGAACCAACGAACGCAAAUUAUAUUCAAAUUCUCCCACACGCCCAUAACGGUGAAUUUUACUAGUGCAAUUGAAAUCGACAUUUCACUGAAACCCAAUCCACGUAUUCUCUUAUCUAAUUGCCAAUUCCUUCACGAAUUAGUUAAAUUUAAAACAAUAUUAGUCAUAAUUCGCGUUCAGUGCUGUAAAUAUGUGGAUCCCGACUCAUGUUCAAGUAACAGUUCAGCGAGCAGUGGGUUUGUUGACAAAAGGAAAAAACAAUACAAAUGACUGUUUUGUGACUAUAGGGCUUGGCAAAAUCAAAUACCAAACAUCUACUAAGGAAAAAGCCGCAGCAGCGGUAGAAUGGCAUGAAGAAUGUGAACUACCGAUACCUGAACAAGGCAAUACUGCCGAAAUAGUCUUAACAGCACUACAUCACAAUUUCCUAGGUGUUGAUGAGUUUCUAGGCAGAGUUACAAUUCCGUUGAAUAGUUUAGAUAUAUACGAAAGACCCAAAAACAAGCUUUACCCUUUACAGUCCAAACCCGGUGGUAAACAAAAAGAUCGAGGACAGUUAGAAGUAAAAAUAGCGUUUAAUGUAAAAUCAGGCAGUCUGACAAAUCUGAGCAAAAAGGAAAAACAUCGAUCAUCAUUAUCACAUGUGGCUCAAUCGGUUGGAGGGAGCCUGCUCAGUUUGGGCAGCGCGGAGAAGCGCAAAGGGAUCAAAAAGUUCGCCAAGUCCAUAGGGUCGAAAAUGCAUUUGAAGGGCAAGAAGAAGGAAGAAUCUGAUGAUGGCGCCUCUUCAAUAGGAAGCGUCGGAAGUUUAAAUAUACGUAGCCAGACAUUAAACCGAAACUAUAAAAGCCGACAAACUCUAGAAGAUGCAGACCCAGGAGUUGUUAGCGACGAAGAUGAGUUCACGUUUGACGACUUGUCUCACAAAAGUUCCGCGAGCUCUUUGAGUAUCACUGCCAAUACCCAAGUACAAAAUACCCCUCCAACUAUAAUCAAAACACCUCCUCAAGAAAAUGUUGGCCGUGAACCUUCAUCUCCAGUUGCUCCUGCAGUUACAAAAAGUCCUCCCGCUAAACCACCUAGAUCUGAACCAAAACCCCAUCAAGACGAAUGGGAAACUAAGCUAUUUGGAAACAAUAAACCAAAAGCAUUGAGGCCUGGCUCAAGUGAAUCUCUAAACAGACGAUCGUGGGACUCGUCCAAGUUAGCAUCACAAAUUGUUGAAGAAUCGGAAAUGUUUGAUACUUUGUCUAAAAAUGACGAUAACAUCAGCAUUAAAUCUACUCCCGAAGUCACAAAGAAGGAGGAAAAGGAUGGAAUGUUCACGAAGCUGAAGAACAACUUCAGGAAAGAUAAGGAAAAGUAUGACGUAGUUGACAAGCAUGAAAAAACCGCUAGUAAUUCACAUGAGCGUGUUAUUAUAGGAGGUGAGCGCGAAGUUAUUCCAGAAAAACCGCCCAAUCACGUUUCAAGUGAACUUUUGCAAAAAUUCGAAGGAAAAACUCGAGAAGACUUAAUUUUGGCACUUAGCGAAACACAAACAGAUUUAGAAAAACACAAAAAAAAGCUAAAGGACCUUGAGGAUUAUUUAGAUGAUUUGUUGUUGCGAGUUAUGGAAACAACACCCAGAAUAUUACAGAACCCAAUUAGGAUAAAAACUAAGGCAUCAGAGAUAAAAGCUCCCAACUCCACUUAGUGUCUACAUAUAUAAACUUGUGGGUGCUUUUUCUACACUGGUUAAUAACUUACACUGUGAUUAAAAACUUCACAUUUUAAAACUGAUAUACAGAAGACUAACUAUAGAUAUAGUGCAAUUGUUUUAUAUUGUUAUAUUAUUGUUAUUCGUGUCUUCAAAUAUUUCUGACACAUCAGGAUUCUCUCAGAGUACCGCUGGAAAUUUACCUAGUAAAUUAUCUGUUAAUAUGACCAGUUGAUUUUGCUGUUCUUGCAUAUGGCUCGAUAAGAUUUAAUUUUGUUUUAAGAUAUACUAACAAAUUUUAACACUUUUCUCGUUUUAACAGUGAGGUUCAGGUUUUAUUAACCAUUUUAUACGUAUACAUAGAUAAGAAUAAACUAUUUAUUUAUAAAA